AUGAGAAGCGGGAACAUCGUUAUCAUGCAGUCUUAUUAUACAUUUGUGCCAAGGAGGAGUCCGUCAACCAUUUGUCACACUGCUAUGUAUCGCAUCAGAGCUCGCCUUACUCCAGUAGAUGCUUUGCGCCAAUACAAUGAUACCGGCCACAUUGCACAUACACCUACACCCCCGGUCGCCGCGAGCAAACCGAUAGCCUCAACCCGACGAGAGCACGCCAUGCCUUCCCUGCCCAAAAAAUCCGUACGCAUCGCCCCAGACACUACUCUCUCCAAAAACGAGCGAUUGGAAGCCCUCCACUCCGCGCGCAUCGUCCUGGACAGCGUCUCCACGGAUUGGGUAUUCACCCCGCCGCCCCCGCCCGGUCAACCCUCGAAAUUCGCACUCCAACGAAGCGGUAGUCUAGGGUCCUGGCGUCCCAACGCUGCCAGCUCCCCGCUCGCAACCUCCCGCACGGGCGACUCCGACUCGGAAGACGCGGGCUCCGACUCGUCCUUGGACCUGGACCUAGACCUGGAGGAUAGCGUUGGGGCAUCGUCAUACAGGAGAGCACUGACUCCGCCGCCCAAGCCGAAACGUGUAAAGCAGCGGGGCGCGGGAACCUCGAGGGAGGGCGUCUGGCGGAGGAGGGAGGACGACAGCGACGUCGAUGCUGCCAACAUUGUCAAGCGGGAGAGCGAGAGCGGACAGUACCCCUUCGAGAGCCCGGACGACGUGCCCACGCCGGAGAAAUUGCGGGAGCGUGUGAAACGGGAGAUGGAGGCUGAGAUGGCAUGGAACGAUGGGUUGAGAUUGUUUGUCGCCAGACGGGAUGCCUGGACUGGCGCUGUGGGGGAUGAAGUUCCUGUUCGAGAAUCGAGGUUUAAAGAUAACCCCCUGACAAACCUGGUGACUCCCCAAGCAUACCCGCAAAUCUAUAGAAAAGUGGUUCUCGAGGGCGCGACCCCACCGGUACCCAUCGCUCUACCACACAUGAUUAACGCACUCGUGGAGGGCUGGCAAUGCGACGAUAUGUGGCCACCAAAACCAAGCAGGCCAGAACCGAGCAUGAGGAAGAAGACAGGUGGGGGGAUUAAGAAGUUUAUGGGUAUCAGUUGACUAGCCGUCCCCCCCACCACCUGCCCAGAAUGCAGGGCGGGGGUGGGGGUUGUGAAGUCGAAGUUGUAGUUGUAGUUGUAGCCUUUUUCUUCUUUAUCUUCAGUCCAUUGGUUUGUUCUUGGGAUGGGAUGGGAUUGGAUGAACGGACCGGGAGAUGAUUGAUUUUUUAGCGGUCACUAUGAAUGAAUGAAUGGAUGGACGGACGGAGGAGCCAGAGGGAGAUCUUGUACUUUACUAUACCUACUACGCCAAUCGCCAGACAUGAUAGAAUUUACUUCACCACUCCCCCCCCUCCUCCACAAAUGAUAUGAUAUGAUCUUCAACUCCCGCACCCCACCGUGAACCCGCAACAACCCAGCCCGUUACAGCCAAUACUACCCUGCCUACGUACAUAUUCCGCCCCGGCGGUCUACCGGUACAGUAUCAUAAAUAAGUAGUGGAUGCUACUCGAGUAGUAGGAUCCAGUUUGAUCGUAGUGAGUUAGGAUAGGCAUCGGUAAUGCGUAUUAUGGGGUGUUGUGGUGUUGAAGUUGAAGUAGUGGGGACGCGGGGGGGUAUUUGGUAU